UAUGAGAUAUUUUUUCUUCCAACAACCUUAAAGAGCAUCAGAAUUUCUCAUUUUACCUACGGUCGUGUGUUGAGCAAGUCGCAGAAAAAAACAGCAGCAGCAUUUCAAUUUAAUUUUUUUUCACUUCACGCGCAUUAAUUCAGCUUUUAAUGUAGAUAAUUGCUAAGCAAACAAACGAUCGAUUGACUAAAAAUAUUAAUUUUGGUACGAAAAUAACAAAAUACGGGAAAAAAAAGUGGUGAAGAAAAGGUUGGAGUGUGAAAUUUUUGUGUCAAUAUUGUCGAAAUAGACGACAGUGACGCCACUUGCUGCGAUGUUUCAACGACAAAAAUGCUACUCGCAAGAGUUUUCACAGAAUGACGGGUUUAAUGGGAACGGGAAUGGCACUGUGGGUCUCGGUGCGGGUCCCUCGAACGGGCAAAAGGAGGAAAUUUUGGACGAACCAUCGCAACAAAAUGUGAUACACUUGAAACGGAGACUCGGGUUGUUCAGUGGCGUGGCCUUGAUUGUCGGAACGAUGAUUGGUUCCGGGAUUUUCGUAUCGCCAAGCGGAUUGCUUCUACGAACGGGUUCCAUUGGCGUGAGUUUCAUAAUUUGGGUUGCAUGUGGCAUUUUAUCUCUACUUGGAGCCCUUGCGUAUGCUGAACUCGGUACAAAUAACCCCUCAAGCGGUGCAGAAUGGGCUUAUUUCAUGGAAGCGUUCGGACCGUUGCUCGCAUUUCUCUUUUCCUGGGUCUCAACGUUGGUUCUAAAGCCCGCCCAACUCGCAAUCAUCUGUUUAUCCUUUGCCACGUAUGCCGUACAGCCAUUUGUGGGCGAGUGCGAUGCUCCGAUGGUGAUAAUCAAGUGUGUGGCAUUUCUCGUGAUCAUUUGCAUCUUGCUCGUGAAUUGUUACAGCGUGAAUUUGGGCAUGUUGGUGCAAAAUAUCUUCACGGCAGCGAAACUUGUGGCAGUUUUGAUCAUCAUUUGUGGCGGCGGAUACAAACUUAUCACGGGCGGUGUCAAUAAACACUUGCAAGGGGCAUUUAGUGAGCCAACCCCAAGCAUUGGGGCACUUGCAAGUGCUUUUUAUACCGGGUUAUGGGCCUACGACGGAUGGAAUAACUUGAAUUACGUCACCGAAGAGAUCAAAAAUCCCGGAAAAAAUCUUCCAUUAUCAAUUAUCAUCGGAAUUCCACUUGUGACACUCUGUUACGCCCUGAUAAACAUCUCAUAUCUCGCUGCAAUGUCACCCUUGGAGAUCGUAGAAUCCGAUGCGGUAGCUGUUACCUUCGGAAAUCGCAUUUUAGGGGUGAUGGCGUGGCUCAUGCCACUCAGUGUCACUAUUUCGACGUUCGGAAGUGCCAAUGGAACACUUUUUGCGGCGGGUCGAUUGUGUUUUGCGGCAUCGCGUGAAGGACAUUUGCUCGAUAUCUUGAGUUAUGUGCACGUGAAACGCUUGACACCGGCUCCGGGAUUGAUUUUUCACUCAAUAAUUGCCGUUGGAAUGGUCAUGUAUGGCACAAUUGAGUCGCUAAUUGACUUUUUCAGCUUCACGGCGUGGAUUUUUUAUGGCAGCUCCAUGUUGGCACUCAUAGUUUUGCGGUACAAGCGGAAAAAUUACAAAGGAACGUUGACUGUGCCACUUUUCAUACCGAUUUUUGUGCUUGUCAUCUCCGUUUAUCUCGUGGUCGGGCCAAUUUUGGAUAAUCCACAGAUUGAAUAUCUUUACGCUUCAAUGUUUAUCUUUGCCGGGUUCAUUUUCUACUUUCCCUUCGUCAAGUACAAAUAUCAUCCGGAGGUGAUGAAUAAAGUGACAAUAUUCUUUCAACUUCUGCUGCAAGUUGCGCCAACAUCUUCCGUGGAUAUUGACAACAUGCAAUAAAGUACAAGGAAAAAUGACAAAAAAAAUAUUAAUUUAAAGAGAUACCAAAAGAUGACGGAGACUAAAACAAAAAAAAAGUUGUUAAUUAAUGAUUAUUUUUUACGAUUUGGCUCAAAAAACGUUUUUUUUUAUCAAAAUUUUAUAAAAAUUGAAAAAAAAAAUUAUCAAAACUACAAAAAAAAAAUGCCAAAGACGAAAAAUCAUCUAUUUUCUUGUGAAAGUUAGCGGAAAAAUUACUUAAUUGUUAGUAGAGGUCUAACCUUAACGAGAUAAAUUUUAUAAUUAAAUUAUG